GAUGGCGGCAUCCUGUGAUCUCAACGUUGCCAAAAGAAAUUUGAGCGAUGCCUUGGGGGACAGCAUGAAAAUAUAUCUGGGCAAUCUAAAAGCAUGGUUUAAACAGAAGAUGACCAAAGAGGAGUUUGACCUGGAAUCCCGACGACUGUUAAAAGAGGAGUUUGCUCAUUUACAUAAUGAUUUCCUGUUGGCAAUCUUCACAAAGUGUGGGAGUCUUAGCUCUUCAAUGGCACCAAAGGAUAUCACAAACUCACCGCAGUAUUUGUCCGCCGGAAAGUGUCCAAAGAGAAAAGAUCUAAAGAGCAGAAGAAAAGAACCCUCGUCCAGAUCCAGUUUUCCUCAGCGUUUUGCCCCAGUCAAUCCACUGUUGUAUGCUCCACCUGCUCUGACCAGGGAUGAAGAAACAUCUCUAGGAUUUUGCUCUAGGGAGUUGACCCUGCCUGAUGCCUCACUAAUUCAUGGCCGCAUGUUUGUGAACGCUUGGGAGAGUGAGCUGGAAGGUGUCACAGACGACAGUGUCAAGAUGGUCAUGUUAGCAGUAGAGCAUCACCUGAAGAACAUCCUUACAGUGGUCUUGUCCCGCAGGAAUGCCUACAAGCUGAGAGAAGGGAGGUUUAAGUUUGGCAUGGGGGGUGAGGUAUCCAACCCAUACUUACGUCAGUCUGCCCUCACAGAUGACACCAGUACACAGAGUGAAGCGACUUCGAUAACAACCUCAGGUUAUCACAUCCCAACAAUACGACCUUCAACUGACCUUGGAGAGGCAUCUGCUGCGAAACAAAUCUCACUGGCUGUUGACAUGCCACGAACAAGAGGCCCUGUGACAUUGUUUGAUUUACUGGAGGCUUUACAGCUCCACAAAGAUUCUAUUCCCUCACACACAGUUUAUGCCACAAACAUUGAGAGGAUUAUUCAUAAACUCUGGCACCCGAGUAAAGAAGAACUGGAGCAAGACUUGAUCCACCAACAGGAAAUGAUGUACAAGCAACAGAACAACAGCCUGCAUCACCAUCUUCCAAUCAGACUAUGAGUUGUCAAAAAAUUUGCAUAAUUUAUGCAAUGGGGGAGCAGUAUGGACCAAUUAUGAUCAAAUCAAAACUUGUGUGUGAGUUAAGUCAUACAUUUUGAAGGACAAUACCGAAACUGUGUGAAUUUGUUGAGAAGUGGCUCUUCUGACUGCAGAUCAGUUAAAUAUCUUGUCUCUUUUUUUGAACCUGAUGGAACAGCGAUUUUACUUCACCUAUAUGUACACAAUGAUGUUUUUUGAAUACCAAUGUGAAAUCACUGUGAAUUGGAGAUCUGUACCGCAUGAUGUUGGUAAUACCUACAUUGUAAGCUGUUAGGCAAAAUUGGUAUCCGUCAGGCAAAACUGGUGUCCGUCAUGGUGAGUUGUAAUGGUUGACGUUAACUGUAUUGCGAUGAGACGACUUGCUUGACUGCAGACAUUUUUUUUUUAUGAAUAGUUGACCUACGAAUCAAAAACAAAUUAUUUUUAUGGGUUUAGGAGCUAGAAAGUUCCCUUCCACCAAAAGCCUGUGGAAAUGUUUGAAUGCCUAGUGGUUCUCCAUUCAUGUACUUGGAGGCAGAAGCUUGGUUCACUGGUAACAAUUGCAACUGGGCAUGACAAAUUCUCUCCACCACAGACUAUCCGAAUCAAUUUGCUCAUGCUGGCUUCUUCUCCAACCAUACAGUGCGUGGGAAGGUCUUUCAGCAGCCUGCAGAUGGGCGUGGGUUUCCCCCCGGUUUCCUCCCACUAUAUUUAUUAAUGCUGGCGGCAGUUGUACGAGUCAAAUAUUUUUGAGGCGUAAAACACCAAUCAGAUAAAUAAGUAAAUCAAUUCUAUACACUGUCAAGAGACACCUGGUUUCUAAUACUGGUGAAAAGUGAUGUAAUCCACGUUAGGCUAAUAAUACUCUGUAUGAGCAAAAUACCUUGGCAAUACCUUGAGUUCCACACAAAUUUUCUAUGGUCAGAGCAGAGGUGUGUCUUUAUUAAUAUUCACAUAACUUACAGAGGAAGAAAAGGUCUGUGAGCAACCUGCGGAUAGUUGUGGGUUUCCUCCAAGCUCUGCCUGGUUUCCUCCCACUAUAAUGCUGGCUGCCGUCGUAUAAGUGAAAUAUUCUUGAUUAUGGCGUAAAACACCAAUCAAAUAAAAUAAAUACAGAGGUAGAGGAUGUUGGCUAUGGACUCUUUGUGACGAAAUAAAAAUUUUUCAACUAUACCUGGCAUCACUUAUCACCCACAGGUGAACCAUACAUAAAUCUCCAUAUUUAAAACCUGAUCUCUAAAAAUGAAUUUUACCUUAAUCCAUCUUAAGGGUAACUUAAUUCAUAAGAACAACAUGUUACUGCAUGACGUGAACAUAAAGUCUGCCACUAUACAUACAUAGAAAAAAUGAUGUAGGACACAGUUAUCACAGAAAAAUAUGUAAAAUUCAGUAAAGUUUUGAAAGCCAAGAAGAUGAAGUUCAGAACUGAGGAUAUGGCACUGACGGACAAUUCACUCAGAGUAGCCAUGUUGUACUUGAAUGAACUUGAACAAUCGCCAGGGUUAAAAGCGUCAAAACGCCCCAAAAAAACUAUUAGCUCUUGAUUGUUGGUGUGGAUUCUUAUAGUGGGUAGGCAAAUAUCGAUGCAAUAUAUUGGAUUUUGCGGUCAGUUUAAGUGUGAAGCUGAUGCAUUUUGAACCACAUAUUUAUGAGCAGGGAACUGAGAGAACUGCUGCCUGUGUCACAAUGCUUACAUGUUGGGUAGGAGGCAGCAGUAACUUGUCAGGGUGAGCUGGCAAGAAAACCGUCUCGAGAGAGUAAUUGCUUCAAAAAAAAUAUUGUGACUUCACAUUAUUUUUCCUUAGCGUAGUCAGAUUUAUUACAAAAAUAUCUUCCCAAAAUCUGAAUAAAAUGGUCUGUUAUCAAUCAGAAGGUCCAGCUAUGUUAGGUAAAUUCCCUAGGUCGAUAUAGCCAGCUUGGCCAAAUACUUACACCCAUGCAGGACGAGAAUGAGCAGGACAGCUAAAACACGACGCUUGUGUCCACAAACAUCGCCCUCACCAAGCGCCAAACUUUAAUAAAUAUCGGCCUUUUGAACAUGGAAUAGAGCUAAUACUCUUUUGUUGGGUAUCAGGCAUUUUUGUUGGUAUUUUCUCGUUGUCACAUUGUUUGACAUUGACGUCACUCUACAUAGCUACAGCCUAACAAAAAAAAACAAAAAAUGGUGUCGACAAUGAGUUGAUAAGUACUGACGAUUGUUUACUAUUUAUUUUGUUGAUAAGCGGUGUAGAAUUGUACAAAUAUUUUUAGAACAUUUCUGGAAUACUGCUUUAUUAAUUAAUUCUGCUUUAAUGGCUGACUUUAUGUUCACUUUAAUGAUGGUGCAGUCGUUGCCAUUGGAUAUUCUGGACAAUCUGAUUUGUAAGCUCUUUCAGUAGUUAGUAGACAGAAGGCUACACGAGACCGAUUAAGGAGAGAACUGCUAUCUCUACAUAUAUGCGAGUGUAUGUUGUCUUUGAAUGGAAAUUUGUGUCCAUGUACAUUUGUAUCGUAAUUUUGGCAUUCGUCAUUUGUAUCAAAUUCUAUCCUUCCGUCAUCUGGUCAGGCAAUUGUUAUUUAUAGAAAGAAUUUCUGCUGAACUGGGAACUGGUUUCACAAAGCGGCGCAUGACAUUUUUUUUAUCGUAAAUUUGCCGUACGAUAUUUUGUGCGUCACUAUUACCAUACUAUCGUCUUAUUUGGUCGAUUAUCAUAUAUGUACGCCAUCUUUGUGAAGUUGGGCCCUGACACUUUCACAUAAGUCAUUGAAUCUUUAUUACACUCAAGGACAUUGUUUUGCCAUUUGGAUGAUGAUACCUUUUACGUGUCAGAAUGUGUUGUCUUCAGUAAAAAAACUUUUUUUUUUUAAUCAAAGAGUAGCAUUUAUCUGUCAUCUUCAUUACCGGUACAUAUAGGUUUAUCUACUCUUGGUUAAGUCCCAGUCCCAGUUCCAGAGAAAGCCUUUAUUUGACCUUGAUACCAAGCACUAUCAAUAGGGCUCAAAUGAAGGUCUUCUUGCAUGAAUUCAUUGGAAAUACUUUUUCAGUUUUUCCAGUUUGAGCAGUUACUGGUCCAUGGGACAAGGCUCAAAAUUUCACAUAUUGGUAUGUGGCCAGGGUGGCCAGAUCGCCUUGCUAUUUUUAAGUUGGUACAUGUUUUCAGUUCAUGUUGCGAUAUGAUAGCCCUUGCAGAUGGUAGCUUUGUAUGGUUUAUGCUCCUUUUAAUAUACCUAUUAUGCUAACUCAUACGUUUCCAACAAUCAUACAAUAACAGUGGUAUUGGCACCGCUGAAGUCAACUCAGGAACAGAGUGUAUACCUUUAGGAACACUUGCUUAACUAAUUUAAAUUCUUCUAAAACAUAAUUGCAGAUUUGCUGGAUGAAAGAUCACAUUUUAGCCCUAUCUGGCCCUAUUUUACAACUUCUGGUGAAAUCAGUUUAAGAAAGUGGAAAAUGAUCGGGUGUUUUGGGAUUCAGAUGGUUGUCUUUCACUCUGCUAUGUAAGGUGUUCAAUGCCAGCCUUAUCCAUGAAAUUACUGACAAACCCUGCCUCCGGUGGAGGAAAAGCGACAAUGGCUGCCACCAGAGAAAUAAAAUUAGUCUUCAGUAUGGCACAUUCAAUCAAAUCACAUUUUCUGAGUUGCAAUAAAGUAACAGUAUUACACAGAAUUUCAAAUUCAAUGCAUUUUAUUUACA